AUGCGUCCGCGCGUUCGCGAUUCGCCGCGCGAGCCCCGACUGCGCCCCAGGAGCGCCCGCGGGCCUCUGCCUUCAUGCGGGCCUUUGCAUUUUCCGCUUGUUUCGGUCGGUCGUCACGGUCGGUCGGUGACAAUCAACAGCUGUAGCUGUAGCUGUAUCGGGGGGAACGAGUACUGUCGAGCCGAGACCGAGCGGACGGAGGCGCCCGGGCUCACACGCGCGGGACGCCACCUUCCGUCAAAUCGAGAAGGCGCGCCGUCGGAGGAGACACAGAUUAUGCAAUCCGUCGCGUUUCAGGAGAAAGAGAACGUAUCCACUGUCGCGGACAAGACGCUGGGAGACAUGACCGACCGCGGCUACCACGCCAGGCUGCGCGCCGCCGCCGCCGCCGCCGCAGCGGCAUCAUCGACCCGGCCGCUCUCCAGCGCCGAGACGAACGUGAGGUUCGCCUCCGACCCCUCCGCGUCGAAGCUGAGCAAGGAGACGCGGGACGCCGCGCGGCUCGAGGCUCUCCGAUCGGUGGAGGAGACGCUCGCGCGAUCGCGCCGGUCGUCCACCUCCCCGCCCGGGGCAUCAUCCGCGCCCCAGCCCUCCGUCGCGCGCGCCGGAUCCUUCAACGCGGCUGGAACCUCGUCCACCUCAUCCACCGCCAGGGAGCAGCCCAGGCGCGGCGGCCUGGAACGCAGCGUAUCGGACGCCACGAACGUCAGCUCGCGUCGCGACGCCAUCCCGCCCGCCGCGUACUACCCGCGAUCGUCGCUGUUCGACGUGGACAUCGACUCCGACGGCUCGGAGUCAUCCAACGGCACGGCUGGUGACACAGCUGGUGAAUCGCCCUCUUCGGCAUCCUCCUCCGACGGGAGGAAGGAAAACGCGGGCCCAGCCGGCGCCGACGCGGAUCCCGAGGACGCCGCGUGGACCCCGCCGCCCCCGCCGGACUCCCCCGACGUGAAUGAUGACGUGGAGGAUGACGUGGAGGAUGACAAACGCGAAAACUCCGCGGAGGCGCCCACGACGCCCGAAGGCGGAACCGAACUCAAAGCGGGAUCGGGGUACCGCGGCGUCUCCGAGUGGAUGGACGCGGUGGUGGCUCAGGCCAAGGCGGUGCGCCAAGCGACGGGGAUGAUGAACGGCGGUGUGAACGGCGCGGGUAAACCGUCCGCGCAGACGCUGGCGAGCGCCGCCGCGAGCGGCGACUCGCUCCGCGCGGCUGAAUCCAUCGCAGCCGCGAUGUCGCCAGCUGUGUCGACGAAUGCUUCGAAGCCGGAUCGAUCGUGCACAAACCCGACAAACCCCGACGGCGUCACCGACGAGGAGGUCGAGGUCAUGACCGUGGACGCGCUCGUGACGCUUUGCAAGUCCAGGGGGGAGCUGAUCAAGUCACUGAGCGAGGAGCUCGAGGGGGCGCGGGGCGCUCACGAGGAAACCGCGGCGGCGCUGGCGAGGUCCAACGCUCGGGAGGAGACGCUCGAGGAGGAGCUGCGACGAAGCGCGGAGCGGUGUUCCGAGGUUGAGGCCGGCCGUAGAUCCGCGCGGGCGGCGUUGGCGGAGAUGGCGUCGCAGAACGCCCGCCUCGUGAGCGCGUUCUCCGCCAAGAAGGAGGAGGUGCGAUCGCUCAAGUCGGAAGUCGCCGAGGCUAGAAAAGGCGUCGACGACGACAACGCGGAUAUCGCCGCGAAGCUCCUCGCCGCGCAAUCUGAGGCUGCGUCGUUACGCGAGACCGCGACAAGGAAGGAUGCGGACGUCGCGCGGGCCGAGGCUGCCGCGGAGAGCGAGAGGGCGUCGUCGCGCGCCGCGUCGCGCGAGCUCGAGAAGCUCAGGGACCAAUUGGCGCAGAUGGAGCGGUCGCGGAGGAGGCUCGACGCCGAGCACGCGGCUGCGCGCGCCAGGACGGACGACGAGAUCGCCAUCGCGGUUCGCGUCGCGCGCAAGGAGCUCGACGUGGAGCGCGCGCAGUUUCAGACGGAGCGGGUGCGCUGGGAGGCUGAGAGGAAGCGAAUCAUGGGCGAACUGUCGGCGGCGAGAGAGGCAACCGCCAAGGCAGCCGACGACGCCGCGGCGGCGCGCGCCGAGGCUCGCGCCGCGCCCAGGGACAACACCGGCGCGUCCGCGUCCGCCGCCUUCAAUCAUCAGAUUCCGUCGCAGAAGCGGAGCGGGUCGUCGACCGGGUCCAACCCUUCGGCGCCCUAUCGCGAUCCUUUCCGGGAUCCCUUCCGGCAACAAACCAACGGCUCGAACGCGGCGGCCGCGGCCAACGCCAAGGCUGUGUCGCCACUGAGAAACCCCAAGUCCUGGUCCAAGACCAAGACCAAAACCCCGACGAAGCAGAAGCACUCAUCGUCGACUGCGAAAUCCCCGGGCCCCAACGCCACGCCGAGGCAACGCGCCGAGCACCACAAGGUCAAGGGCAACAACGAGUUUCACGCCAAGCGUUACGAAGCGGCGCUGGCUCAGUACUCCGCGGGCCUCGCGUUGGACUUUAGCGACGACGCGUUUCGCGCGAUUCUGCACGCGAACCGCGCCGCGGCGCUUCAGGCCAUGCGCCAAUACUGCGAGGCUGUCAUGGACUGCUGCGCCUCCCACCUCUUGGAUCCCAAGUACCUCCGAGCGCUGCAGCGAAGGGCUGACGCGUACCUGUCGAUGGGGGAUUGGCCCAACGCGGCUAACGAUUUGGAGGCUUUGACCCCGCACAUGGGCGCCGAAUGCGCGACGAAGCUGGCGGAGGCGCGGCGUAAGGUGAAGAAGGGCACGACGUGCGACCACUACGCCGUGCUGGGCGUCGGGCACGAGGCGAGCGGCAGCGAGAUUAAGCAGGCGUACCGGCAGCUCGCGCUGAAGAUGCACCCGGAUAAGGCGCCGAAACCCGAGUUGAGGUCCGCCGCGGAGGCCAUGUUCAAGCACGUGGCUCAGGCGUACGCGACGCUCUCCGACGCGACGCAACGGAAGAGGUACGACUCCACGGUGGUGAUGUCCCGGUUCAGGAGGAGCGGCGGAUAUUAA